GUUGUAGCCUUCACCAUGGAGAAGCUGAGUGCAGCAAACAACCACUUCGCCUUAGACCUGUUCCGCGCCUUGAAUGAAGACAAUCCGACUCGAAACAUCUUCGUCUCUCCCUUCAGCAUUUCAUCAGCGAUGGCCAUGAUCUUUCUAGGGACCAGAGGCAACACUGCAGCACAACUAUCCAAGACUUUGCAUUUCAAUACGGUUGAGGAGAUUCAUUCAAGAUUUCAGAGUCUGCAUAGUGUAGAUUUUCAGAAUGCCUAUGAAGAUGCAAGGAAAACCAUAAACCAGUGGGUCAAAGGACAGACAGAAGGGAAAAUUCCAGAACUGUUGGCUGAAGGUGUGGUUGAUAGCAUGACUAAGCUUGUGUUAGUGAAUGCCAUCUAUUUCAAGGGAAACUGGCAGAAUCAAUUCCUGAAAGAAGCCACAGCCGAUGCACCAUUCAGAUUGAAUAAGAAAGACACAAAAACAGUGAAAAUGAUGUAUCAGGAGAAAAAAUUUCCAUUUGGCUACAUCGAGGACCUUAAGACCCAUGUGCUGGAACUGCCUUACCAGGGCAAGGAGCUGAGCAUGCUCAUUCUGCUGCCCGACGACAUCCAGGAUGACUCGACAGGUCUGAAGAAGAUUGAAGAACAACUGACUUGGGAGAACCUGCAUGAGUGGACCAAACCUGAGCAUUUGGAAGUCACUCAAGUCAAUGUUGGCUUGCCCCGGUUCAAACUGGAAGACAGCUACGUCCUCAACACCAACCUCGCCCGCCUGGGUGUGGAGGACCUCUUCAAUGGCAGCAAGGCUGAUCUGUCUGGCAUGUCAGGAGCCAGAGAUAUUUUUAUAUCAAAAAUUGUCCACAAGUCCUUUGUGGAAGUGAAUGAAGAGGGUACAGAGGCAGCGGCUGCAACAGCAGGGGUGGUUGCCUUCUGUAUGCUGAUUCCAGGGGAAACUUUCAUUGCCGACCGUCCGUUCCUUUUCUUUAUUCGGCACAAUCCCUCAGCCAGCAUCCUGUUCAUGGGCAGAUAUUCUUCCCCAUAGAAGAAAGAGACUGUGUCAAUACAAGAUCAAACUUAGAGCUUUAUUACCUUGGUUUUCCAUGGUGAUGAUUUUCCUAUAUCUUUUUACCAAUAAAACUACUUUCCAGAAACAAAUCUUGAAUAUUCUUUGUAAGUUCAACCCUGUUGGCUUUUUGAACCUAUGAAUUUUGGCACAGAUGCUUAUUUUUAUUUUUGUACAUUGAAAAAACCCAGUGAUGGCUUUUGAAUGUAUCGGGUUUUUUAAAAAAGAAUAAAUCAGAUGUUUAGAUUCUUGACAAUGUAGUAAUGCUGUACGCUCCUAAUAGCCAUGGGAAAACCUGACAAAAUGAUCAUUCAUUUUACAGCUAGAAUUUUGGUAAGACACCCUGACUGUUGAAGGCAGAAUUUAAAAAAAUAUUCAAUAUAGUAGAGUGCCCCAGUUGAGGGCCCGGAUUAUAAAGACAAACUUGCCCUGCCCAAAGUCCCUGUCCUUUGCUCUGCAGGAUUAGUAUUCUCUUACAGCCCUCUAGUUUUUAAACUGUUCAAUUAAAAGGCCACCUGGUCAUGACCUGUAUUCCAUUUUUUGUUCCUUAUGUGUAAUAUGUAGUCCAUGUAGGAGCAAAUGAAGUGAAGAAGUGGGUGUCUCACAGUAAAAGAUGCCAAGAGACUGUGCAGAGAAGAUUCUAGUAGGAGAAACUGCUGAGCAAAAGGUUGCGAAUAUUUCACUGUUAACUGUCUUCCUGUGUGUUUUCUGAUUGAGGCUCUUGCCUUCUCUCAAGGAUGCAUGUUGUCAUGGUGAUGGGAUGGCUUUGUGAAAGGCUGUAAUGGGAUAUGGUUGGAGGCUUUUUGACUUUGUCCAUUGUACUUCUUUGAAUGGGGCUUGAAAUGCUCUGUUUUCUUGUUCCUGCAAGGCUGGUGGGCAUUGGGAGUUAAUAAAGUUUCCUAAGAUUCUUUGA